UCUGAUCCAGCGAUGCAGUAGUUACUGAUCUUAAAAACAAAACAUAAAAAAAGAUUUUUUUUAUAAGAUAAAAUAAACAGAUUAUAAAGGAGAUAUCACCAUUGGAGAUCUCUCCGAUUCCUCAGCUCAAAACUAAGCAACCAACCCCACACACGCACAAAAGUAUUGUUGGGUUUUUCUCUCUCUAGCAAGACUUUCUCUCUCUAGUUCUCGACGAUUAUUAUUAUUCUCCGGUUUAAGCCAAAGAAAUGGGUAGUAGUUUCUUUGGAAGACCAAAAAUGGGUGGAUCUUCGUCUUCCUCACCAACAUCAUCUUCUUCUUCCCCUGCAAAACGAGGGAAGAACAAGAACGGUUCUGACAAGCCUAAGCAGCCACAGAGAGGUCUUGGCGUCGCGCAGUUGGAAAAGAUUAGAUUACAUGGCGAAUUUAACUGCAACAGUUUCAAUACUUAUCCUUCUUAUCAUCCCUCAACUUUCAAUCACCAGGAGGAUGUAAGGAUGCAAGGAGGAUAUCCAUCCAUACCAUCUUCAUCACCAUCAUCGGCUCAUUAUGGCUUUCAUCCAAACAUGAUGAUGAAUGCAAGUAAUGAUCAAUACGAGAGAACAACCAUAAGAUACGGAGAUUCUCAGCCUCACAUAGCACCAAGUUGGAACCCGAGCUACGGUAUCUUGGAGAGCCAACAUUUUGUGGAACCAAACAUAACCAGACACUUCUUACAUGAGGAUCCGAGAAAUAAAUCAUUGGGAUCAGGUAUUCAGAACUUCGAAACGAGUGACGCAACUGAGCCAGAUUUGGAGUUGAGAUUGUCACUUUGAUCAAUGUAUGAAGUCAUAUUAUUGAAAAGAGGUCAUGGAUUACAUUCCAAGCAAGUUAGGAAUAAAUAAUAUAUAGGUAAUUAUGAUUUAAUUUGAUUUUGGGUAUCGGAUUUUGAUAUCAAGAAAAUGUUUUUUUUUUCUUUUCUAAAGAGCAUGCUUGUAAAUUACAUAAUUUUAUAUAAAGCCAUCACCGUAUAUUAUAAGCCA